AUCACAUCCUUUGACACUCCUGUACUCAGUCAUCUCUCAGAAAAUGUAAUGAAGCUGAGCAUAUCUAUAGCGUCAUGCCCUGUCAUAAUCCUCUUCUUAUUGGCGUUGUUGGUGUUGAUACCUCCAAGCAUAAUGAUCACAUGGUGGCAUAAAACAACCAGACAAAUCGAACAAAAUGUGGAUUUCAAUACCCAUAGCUUGGAUUCUGGAUUUCAAUCACAAAUUCACAUCAUUGCAGAUUCAAUACCUCCAUUAAAUUCAUCUGCUGCAAGUUUAGCAAAGCUUUUAACUUCUUCCUUCAACCAAACUGAUGAAAUCUCAUUCGAUGAGAUUGAAACUAAGGUGGCACCUACAUUGUUCCUUGCAUUUACUACAAUUCCAUACCUGUCUCAAAUUUCAUAUGUUGGAUUAGAGGGUCUGUUUUUUUCUUACCACAUUGAUGGAAAUCAAACUCUAUCAACAUAUGCUAACUCCUCGUUUUCGAGCCGAAAGAAGCAUGUUUGGUACAAGCAACCAGUGGAUAAUCAAACAGGGAAGCUAUAUGGAGAACCUGUUAGAUCCCAUUCAUUCAAUGUUGUGAAUACAAGUUGGUUUCAAGUAGCAUUAAAUCAUUCAUCGGGGUAUUCUUCAUUAGAAAAUGGGUGGAACAAUGGUGGGGAACCUUUGUUUCUCACUAGUGUUAGCUUGCUUGGAAAAGGUGUUAUUGCCAUGGGAGUACCAGUUAAAAGACUAACUGAUAGACUUGGUGGUAUUAAUCUUUAUGGUGGAAGCUUAAGCUUGAUUACAAUGGAUGAAAAAUUAUUACUAAAUGGAAUCCCAAACACCAAAUUCAUCUAUGUUAAUGGUACUAUUUUCUUACAGUUUAUGUGGCCAAAUGGUGUUAAAAAUUUCCCAUGCAGCAAUGAUACCUCAGAAACCUAUAUGAUGGUCAUUGAUGGAAAAGAGUAUAAUGUUCGUUGUUCAACAGUCAAAAUCUCCGGAGUACAAUCCGUAUAUGCUUUGGCUUUACCACAUGAAGGAAUAGCAAGCUUUGUUUAUAGCAAAAUCAAUUUUUCUCACAUUGCUCUUGUGGUAACAAUGGUGUUAUUAGUCAUCCCUCUUGUUUUCUUCAUAUCAUCAAUGACCACCAAUGCUCAAAGGGAGAUUUACCUACAUGAUAAGCUCAUUAAACAAAUGGAAGCAACUCAACAAGCUGAGAGAAAAAGCAUGAACAAAAGCCUUGCUUUAGUUGGUGCCAGCCAUGAUAUCCGAGCAGCCUUAGCCGGUAUUACCGGUUACAUCGAUUUAUGCCUGGCAAAUGCAGCCCCUGGGUCGGAUUUCGAGACAUAUUUGAAGCAAAUGAGUCUUUGUGCACAGGAUUUAUUAGGGCUAUUGAACUCUAUACUUGAUACUAGCAAAAUUGAAGCUGGAAUGAUGAAUUUGGAAGAACAAGAGUUCAAUUUGGCUGAUUUGAUUGAACAUGUGGUUGAUUUAUAUCAUCCUGUGGGUAUGAUUAAGGGUGUUGAUGUUGUUUUAGACCCUUGUGAUGGAUCCAUUAUUAAGCUCUCACAAGCGAAAGGUGACAGAGGGAAACUCAAGCAAAUAUUAAGCAAUAUAUUGAGCAAUGCUGUUAAAUUUACUGUUGAAGGGCAUGUAUGUGUUCGAGCUUGGGUCGGAAAGCAUGAUUUCGAAACCGAAAUACUUGCUUCUACUCGGAAAGGUUUAGGCAAGUACGUGCCUCGUUUGUUUUCCGACAAAAACGAAGGCAAUGGUGAUGUCAAAGCGGAAAGUGCAGUUAGACAGAAUCGUGAUUUGGUGGAGAUUGUGUUCGAGGUUGAUGAUACAGGUAAAGGUAUUCCAAAAGAGAAACAAAAAUCAGUGUUUGAAAACUAUGUGCAGGUUAAAGAAACAGCAGCUGGACAAGUAGGUACUGGUUUAGGCCUUGGAAUUGUUCAAUCUUUGGUACAUUUAAUGGGCGGAGAGAUUGGAAUUGUUGAUAAAGAGUUUGGUGAGAAGGGAACUUGCUUUAGAUUCACCGUUUUCCUCACAGCUUGUGAGACUCAAGGUGCUGCCAUGUAUGGUGGCACAAACUCGAGCUUUGCCAUUCGAAAUUCUAGUCCCAAACUCGGCAUUCGUACUCCUAGUCCCAAGUUAGACGGAUCACAAGUCGUUCUCUUCAUGCAAAACAUCGAAAGGCGAAGAGUUUCACAAAAAUUCUUGGAGAGUCUUGGUAUAAGUGUAUUAGUUGUAGAUCAAUGUCACCAGUUUCCAUCUGCUAUGAAAAAGAUACAACCCAAGCUAAAUUCUUUACACCAUUCUUCAAGGAGAUCAGAUAUGAGUUGUAGAAGUGAUAUCUCAAGUUCGAGUUCUAAAGAUAUGCCUUUAAGUGCCAUGGAAGGAGCUGAACAUAAAUUGCCUUUCAACCGACGCAAAGAUACACCGAGCUUCAAUCUACUUGUGAUUGAUGUCAAUGCAGAGUCAUUUUCCGAGCUGUGGAGGAUUGUUGCUGAAUUCCGAAGAGGCCUUCAUAGUACAUGUUGUAAGGUGAUUUGGUUAGAUAAACCGACUUCACCUUGCAUCGAUCCAAAAAGACUCGAUCCCGAUGAUGAAAUUCUGUUACAACCUUUCCAUGGGUCACGUUUGCAUCGAGUGAUAAAACUUCUUCCGGAAUUCGGAAACUUGUCACAAGGUAUUUCAUCUAGUUCAGAAAGUUCAAAGCAUCCAUAUAGCAAGACAAGGUUGAGAAACACUCAACGUAAUGACGAGAUACAAGAAUACAUCAGUUCGAGCGAUGAACAGUAUAGUAAGCAAGGAUCAUCAUCACCUACACUAGUGUACACGCGUGGUAGGUUGAAAUCAAAAAGAAAGAACGAGGACAGUGCCGAGUCGAGUAACGGCGAAAUGCCCUUGAUUGGGAAAAGAAUAUUGAUUGCUGAGGACAACAAAAUGCUAAGCAUUCUUGCUAUAACUACUGCUACACAGCUUGGUGCCGAUGUUGAGCAUUGUGAAAAUGGAAAUGAAGCUUUAGAACGAGUGUGCAAUGGUCUCAAAGCUCAGAGAAACUAUGAUUAUGUAUUGAUGGAUUGUGAGAUGUUGCCGAUGAAUGGAUAUGAAGCAACGCGACGAAUUAGAAUUGAGGAGGAACGAUAUGGUGUUCGUAUUCCGAUCAUUGCGUUGACCGCUCAUAGAUCAGGGACGGAGGCGUUGGAAGCUGGAAUGGAUGCUCAUUUGAAUAAACCUCUUGUGGCAAAUGAAUUGAUGAAAGUCAUCGAAAGUCUCCAGACAAAAAAAUGAUGGCUGAAUUAUCUCAUGCUAUACUUUUAUAUGUUAGGUUUUGUACAACAUGUGUUGAUACAUUGUGGGCAAGAAAUCUAGUGGGUAGUAGAUCUCGACGUACAAAGUUAGAACUAUGUUUGAGUCAUUUAUUUAAAUAAAUAGCAUAUGAGGGAUGCAAAGUUUGAGUCAUUUUUGCUUGUAUAAAACAAGUGUUGCUUCAGCUUCUGGGGAGUUUACCAGUAAGACAACCAUGCUGCCCUGAAGCAUAGCUUUUUUGCUGGCUUCCAAAGCAACCUGCAAGGGGAGCUCCUCUGCUGCCUCUUUUGAACUAUAUUGUUAUC